AUGCUCACACUCAGAGAGCAGCCGUCCUCCUGUGGACUCACCACCUGCAGAGGUUGCUGGUUCUUCUUUUGGCUCAUUCUUCAUCUCCCAAACAUAAGCGGUGUGCGAGUCAUGGCUCCUGCUGCGGAAAGAAGAAUGACUGGAGUGAUAGCAGCAACAUUCACACCAUUAACACCUGAAGGGGAAAUAAAUCUGACUUUGAUCGGACCUUACAUUGACUACUUGAUCGAGAAGCAAAAUGUCAAAAGUAUAUUUGUGAACGGCACAACUGGUGAGAGCAUGUCUUUGAGUGUUGCAGAAAGGAAAGCAUUGGCUGAGGAGUGGUGCCUUAAAGCGAAGGGGAAAAUGGAUCUGGUCGUAGUGCAUGUCGGUUGCAUGAGCCUCAAAGACUCUCAGGAAUUAGCAGAGCAUGCGGCUCAGAUUGGAGCAGAUGGGAUAGCUGUCAUCUCCCCAUCCUUCUUCAAACCCAGCACUGCAGAUGAUCUAAAAGAGUAUCUGCGACAGGUGGCCAUAAAAGCUCCCACAGUACCGUUCUAUUACUACCACGUUCCAUCUGUCACUGGAGUGAAGGUGCCAGUGCGGGACCUGCUGCAUGACAUUGAAAAGCUCAUUCCAUCCUUCAGAGGAGUCAAGUUUAGUGGGAGUGACCUCAUGGAUUUUGGUCAGUGUGUCAGUCACAGUCGACCACAUUGGUCUUUGGUCUAUGGAGUAGAUGAGCAAUUAAUUUCUGGUCUUGCAAUGGGUGCGACUGGUGCAGUUGGAAGCACAUAUAACUAUAUUGGAGGUCAUAUGAUCAAGUUGGUGACAGCUUUUGAAAAUGGCAACCAGUUGCAAGCUCGGGCUAUACAAUUCAAACUGCAAGAACUUCUUGGUUUUGCCAUGGACAUUGGAUUUGAUCUUGGAGUGAACAAGCAGCUGAUGUCGGAUGUGUCUGGCUUGAAUCUUGGUCCACCUCGCCUUCCUCUGAGGCAGCGUCCCCAGGAUCAUACCCAGUCCAUCUUGCAGAAAUAUCAGAGCCUCUUUCAGGAUUGCAGGUCUUUUAUCUUCUCUCACACAAUGAUGAAGGGGUCAUUGCUCAUGUGA